AUGGUUGUAAGGAUUGGCAUCAACGGCUACGGCCGUAUCGGACGCUUGGUCCACAGAGCAUCAUUAGCACUAGAGAACGUCGAGGUCGUCCACGUUAACGAUCCUUUCAUGACCCCAGACUACAUCAAGUAUUUGUUCAAGCACGACUCAGUUCACGGCUCACUGCCCGCUGAAUUGUCAGUAACCAGCGACCAUCUUAUGGUUGGCUCAAAGAAGGUACACCUUACCUUCGAAAAAGACCCAGCAGCAAUCCCCUGGGGCAAAAACGACGUCGACGUCGUUGCCGAGUGUUCUGGAGUAUUCACAAGCACUGAGAAGGCCAAGCUUCACCUUGACGGGGGAGCAAAGUUGGUAGUCAUCUCAGCCCCGACGAGCGACUCUACACCGAUGUACGUUUUCGGAGUCAACCACACCAGCUACGACAAGUCUGUCCGUGUGAUGUCAAACGCAAGCUGCACCACCAACUGCCUGGCACCACUCGCCAAGGUCGUCAAUGACAAUUUCGGAAUUGUAGAGGGUCUGAUGACCACAGUGCACGCAGUUACAGCUAACCAACUUACAGUUGAUGGCGCUUCAAGGGGAGGAAAGGACUGGCGCGCAGGUCGCUGCGCAGGAGUGAAUAUCAUUCCAGCCUCAACUGGAGCUGCCAAGGCAGUGGGCAAGGUAAUUCCUGAGCUGAACGGGAAACUCACUGGUAUGGCAUUCCGCGUUCCAGUGUCCGACGUGAGUGUAGUGGACCUCACAGUUAGGCUUGCCAAGCCAGCAAAAUACGAAGACAUCGUCAAGGCAGUCAAGGCUGCAGCUGAAGGCCCAAUGAAGGGAGUGCUUGGCUACACCGAGGACGAGGUCGUGUCAUCAGACUUUGUCGACGACAAGAGGUCCAGCGUCUUUGACGUCAAGGCUGGAAUAUCACUCAACGACACCUUCGUCAAGUUGGUAUCCUGGUACGACAACGAGUGGGGGUACUCUAACAGACUGCUCGACCUCGCCUACUACGUUUUCCAGAAAUAUUCAUCAUAA